CUCAAUUUUCCCCAUCUCUCCUCUCGGUUUCAUUUCUCCACCUCCAAACCUCAUCCUCUCCCUCUCUCUGUAUAUUUGUCGGCAAACACCACACAAACACACACACACACACAAACACAGAGACUAAAUCUGAAGUACCUGGCGCUUCAACCAUGAGUUGCAAUGGAUGCCGAGUCCUCCGAAAGGGGUGCAGCGAUAGCUGUAUUCUCCGCCCCUGUUUGCAGUGGAUUGAUACUCCUGAAGCUCAAGGUCACGCCACCGUAUUCGUUGCCAAAUUCUUCGGCCGCGCCGGUCUCAUGUCCUUCAUCUCCGCCGUUCCUGAAAACCAACGUCCAUCUCUUUUUCAAUCGCUAUUAUUUGAAGCUGCCGGUCGGACGGUGAAUCCAGUCAACGGAGCAGUCGGACUUUUGUGGACAGGGAACUGGCACCUGUGUCAGGCAUCGGUGGAUACAGUUCUCCGAGGCGGCACGUUAAGCCCGAUCCCGGAGCUUAGCGACGGAUUCCCGGCGAUGCCAAAACUCGGUGAUUCCUCAGAAAUAGAUGUAACUCGCUUUGACUUGCUCAAACCUCAGGAUCCGGUCACACAUCCGCGGUCGAAGGCGCAGAAGCGUCGGCGAGCCGCUGUUAAAGGCUUGCCUGAGAAACGGCGGCAGGGAAGUCCGUCGAUGAAUUCUGAAGACUCCGUCACUACAACGUGUUUGGGCGGCGCCUGUGGGCUUGGAGAGUAUAGUUUUACUCAAGGAGGAAGAGAAGUGCAUCUGCUGAAUCUGUUCAAAUAA